AUGAUCCCCCUCUCCUGGUUCUGGUUCUCUCUGGCUACCCUGCAUCUGAAUCCAGGCGUAGCCAGAGCAGACGAUAGUCCGAGUCCGAACUGCACCGGUGAAAUCAAAAUAACCACACAAUCCGACGCGGACAGCCUCUCCUCCUGCGACACCAUCUCCGGCACGCUGCUCAUUUCCCCCUCCGCCAGCGGCACCAUCACGAUCCCGAACGUCGAGGAAAUCAAAGGCCCGCUGACGAUCAAAGACGCGGAUGACUUGAGUGCCGUGAAGGCGGAGGAUCUGGAGACCGUGACGGGCCCGCUGACGGUGGAGAAUAAUCAGCGGUUGACGAGCUUGGAGUUCGGGGAGUUGGGGACCGUCGGCGGCGAGUUGAAGAUUAAGGGGAAUAAACAGCUGAGGGAGGUCGGGUUGGAUGAUUUGGAGAGUGUGAAUGGUGGGGUUGAGAUUGAGGGCGGGUUUGAGGGACUCUCCCUCUCCAACCUCGAAGAAGUCACCGGCGCCACGACCAUCGUCUCCUCCGCCCGCAACUUCUCCUGCUCGAGCCUCGACAGCCUCAGAUCCGAAGGCGCCUUCAACAGCGACUUCAACUGCUCCGAAGACGCCGACUCCGACUCCGACUCCUCUGAGUCCAACUCCUCGUCCUCCGGACUCAGCGCCGGCGCAAAAGCCGGGAUCGCAAUAGGCGUGAUCGCUGGCGUGGUGAUCAUCCUGCUGAUUAUUUGGCUCUGUGUGCGACGGCAUCGACGGCAGAGGGUCGCGCAGAAAGAGGCCAUGGCUGCGCUCGGUGGAGGUGCUGCAGGCGCUGCAGCGAUGAAAGGACCCGGAGGACCAGAAGGAGGACCAGGAGGAGGAGGGAGAAUCAGCGAUGAGGAAAAAGGCGAAGGACAAACGACGACAUCAUCGUCUGUGAGUCCUGUUUCGCCGGACGAAACCACCGUCAAUGCGCUCGCCAUACCGCGCAAACCGCUGUCGCCGGCGCCGCAGGAGACGGGGAUUGUGUCGAUAACGGGGACGAAUUCAGGAAGCGGGACAGGGUCAGGGUCAGGGCCGACGUCGCUGCCGUCGUCGUUGGUCGCGGGCGAUAACCGGUUCUCGACGGUGUCGGCGCUGGGGACGAGCGAGUCGGAGUCGUUGUUUCUGCGGGCGAUGCCGAGACGCAGACCGUCGGAGUCGGACGUGCCGAUGCUGGAUAGCGGCGACGUUCACGAGGCGCCGGUGCAGUCGGGCAGGGAGCUGGAUCCGCCGUUCGAGUUGGAUGCAGGGCCGGUGCGAGGGACGCAUCAGCAGGCGAUCAACCAUGAAUAA